CGGCCCCGAGACGCACGCCUGAUCCACCUGAUCCUCGCCAACAUGGGCGUGCACGCCUACACGGAGCGCGUCCCCCUCCAACUCCUCGACUUUGCCUACAGAUAUACAUCCGGCAUUCUCACCGACGCUAUCAGCUACGAGCCGCCGGCACAUGCCUCUACUACAUCGAAGAAGCGCGGCGCUGAUAAAGCAGAGGAAGAAGGCGGUGUCAGUCUGAAUGCGCUGCGGACGGCGGUCGGGGCGCGCGCUGCGGGCACGUUUAGCGGACAGCUGGGCAAGGAGUUCAUGGCCGAUGUGGCGAGUGAGCGGAAUAGGAUUGCGUUGCCGCGCGUCGAGCGGGAGUUUGGCGUGCGGUUGCCGCCUGAGCGGUACUGUUUUACCGGAGUUGGGUGGGAUGUG